CCGCCCUCAGAGGCCCCGGCGGCGCCGCAGCAGGGAGGCAGCGGCCGGCGGGCGGCCGGGCCGAGCCCCGCAGCCCCCGCAUGGAGCCCUAGGGCGGCGGGCAGCAUGUUCAGCCCGGACGGGGGGCUGCCGGCCGCCCCCUUCGGCCUCCUCCCCGACGCCGGCCCGCCCUUCCCCCGCGGCGGCUUCGACGGGGCGGCCGCCCAGCCGCUCUUCUUCCCCUUCGCCGCCGAGCCCGAGGCUGCCCGCGACCCGCCGCCGGCCCGCGCCUGGCUGCCCCCGCCCGCCGGGCCGCCCGCCAAGGCGGAGGCGCGCCCGGGCCGGCCCUGCCGCCAGCCCUCGCCCGAGCCCCGCGCCGCGGCCUGCUGCGGGCCGGCCUGGCCCGCCCCGCCCUGGGCCGGGCCUGCGCCCCCCGGCGCCGCCAACGCCGCCCUGCCCGGCCCGCCCUUCCCCGGCCCCGCCGCCUCUUUCCCCGGCCCCCCGCUCUGCCCCGCCGCGCUGCAGCCGGGCGCCGGUGGCCCGUCGGGGCUGGGCAGCAGCGGCAGCUCCAGCGGCGCCGCCAGCGAGGGCGGACACUCCAGCGACAGCGGCGACGAGGAUGCGCCGACCUCAGAAGAGCUGGAGCAAUUCGCCAAGGACCUCAAGCACAAGCGCAUCAUGCUGGGUUUCACCCAGGCUGACGUGGGGCUGGCUCUGGGCACCCUCUACGGGAAGAUGUUCAGCCAGACAACCAUCUGCCGCUUUGAAGCGCUCCAGCUCAGCUUCAAGAACAUGUGCAAGCUGAAGCCACUGCUGCAGCGUUGGCUCAAUGAGGCGGAGAACACGGACAACAUGCAAGAGAUGUGCAAUGCAGAGCAAGUGUUGGCCCAAGCCCGGAAGAGAAAACGCAGGACCAGCAUCGAGACCAACGUAAAGGGGACGCUGGAGAGCUUCUUCCGCAAAUGCGUGAAGCCCAGUCCCCAGGAGAUCUCCCAGAUCGCUGAGGACCUCAACCUGGACAAAGAUGUGGUCCGUGUCUGGUUCUGCAACCGGCGUCAGAAAGGCAAACGGCUGCUGCUGCCCUUUGGCAAUGAGGCGGAGGGGGUGAUGUACGACAUGAACCAGUCCCUGGUGCCCACCAGCCUGCCCAUCCCGGUGACAUCCCAGGGCUACAGCCUGGCCCCCUCCCCUCCUGUCUACAUGCCGCCCUUCCACAAAGCCGAGAUGUUCCCUCAAGCGCUGCAACCUGGGCUUUCCAUGAGCAACAGCAGCCACUGAACCGGGAGCUGCGGGGGCUGGCGAUGGUGCCGCCCCAACACCGCGGCCGGGUUGGCUCUCUGGGGGCAGCUUCCCCCCCCUUCACCCUAAGAAGGCACGGGUAUGGCCCUGCUCCUGCUCUCAGGCCCUGCCUCGGCACUCGCUGGGCUGCCUUAGGGCUUUUGGGGCAGAAGGGGCAGGCGGUUGCUCCCAGCCCUUCCCAGUUAUGUGAGUUUACUGGUCCCAGCAGCGUCGACCACCCUCUGACCUCUCCUGGGGGGCAGCUGCUCCUGCCCCACUGCACCCCACAGAAGCCAUGCAUGCCCGGGGCACUGAGUGGAGCUGCCUGCACUCAGCUCCAGUCCAGCUGAGCCAUUCUCCUGCAAGACCCAGAAAAAAAGUAUUUUUUAGAUUGUUUUUUUUUUUUUGGGGGGGGGGAGGGGGGUGGUUUUAUUUUUUUAAAUGGUUUUUGGUUGUAGUUUUUGAAAAGCAAAAAUCUUUGUAGUGAUUACUAGUUUCCCAGGUGCCCCCUCCCUGUCCUGUAGAGCAGGGCUGGGGCACUGGGCCAAGGGCUGGGGUCCCUGGCUGCUCUGCCCACCCUACCAGGCAGCCAGGGCAAGCUGAAGACUGGAGUGUGGAGCAGGAGGUGAACCCUCCAGCCCCAUGCCCCAUGGCACAGGAGAGCUUCACCCAUCUGUGGGCAAUCUGGCAGGGCUUGUUUUGGAGGGGGGGGGUCGGGUUGUCACUGGCCCUUGUGCCCAGCAUCACCCCAUGUCCCCCACACCCUCUCCACUCUCUGCCCCAGCCCUUGUCCCUCUGCCCCAGCCCAGCUGCCCAAGGACCAUCUUUCCCCGGGGGUCCCAGCCCAGGGGAGCCGACACUGUCCUGUCCAUGCUGCUAGCCACCCCCGUGCCUUUGAGCCUGCUGUAGUUGAUGAUGAUUUAUUUUUUUCUUAAUCAUAUUCCCUCUGGCAAUGAAAUAAAUCUCAGUUCUUUGGGGCA